AUGGAUCAGAAGGACAACGCCAAUCCCAUCGUGUACCAGUCGAGCUUGAGCUCUGCUCAGCGACGCAGCUCGUCCAACGCCAACGCAGAGUGGUGGCGCGACCACUCGAUUCACUCGUCGGCUCAGUCAGCAGGUCGAGCCUCCUCCUCUUCUUCCACCAGCAUCGCCGGUCUCGGAUCUGCUAGCACCAGCUCAAGCAACAAUUUAGCCUCUUCUUUCGCACGUGCCACUCGAUCCACCAUUGACGAAGACGAUGAAGCCGAGCUGGAUGAAGCCGACCACGACGACCAAGACCAGGACGGCGAUGUGGCAAUGUCGCGUCGAAGCGUGACCCCUCUCACCUCGCCCGAGACCGAGGCCGGGUCCAACGCCAACGGCAACGGCAAGACACAUUCCAGCGCUUCAGAUGAACAAAUCGACAGUCAAGAGAUCUACGAUCUGAUUCGAUCCAUCACCGACCCUGAACACCCACUGACACUCGAACAACUCGCCGUAGUCAACGCAUCGCACAUCACCGUUUCGCACGGCGACGAAACCCUACUGCCGCAUGUCCUGCUCGAGUUCACCCCCACCAUCCCACACUGCAGCAUGGCCACGCUCAUCGGCCUCUCCCUCCGCGUUCGACUGCUGCGCGCGCUCCCGGAUCGAUUCAAAGUCGACAUUCGCGUUCGACCCGGAACGCACCAGAGCGAGAAUGCGGUCAACAAGCAGUUGAACGAUAAGGAAAGGGUAGCGGCAGCGUUGGAGAACUCUCAUCUGUUCAACGUGGUUCAGGGAUGUCUGGCGAGUGCGGGCAGGAGGGGAAAGAGUGUGGAUGAGGUGGCGGCGUACUUCAGCGGUCCUCCCAGUGGCGAUGGCAAGGAUGAUCAGGAUCAUCAGAUGAUCUGGAAGACGGUGGAUGAUAUCACCACCAGGAUGGGGAUUGCCGUUUGA